CAGGCCGGGAGAGUCCGGCAGAGGCAGCAGCAGCAGAGCGGAACGCGCCUUGUAGAGGACAGCGCGGCGGCAGAGGUUCCUUCUCGGCCCUUUCUGCCUGACGCCUUGGUUGCGGCCCUCAGGUGCAGAAGAUGAAUAAUCUUUCAUUUAGUGAGCUAUGUUGCCUCUUCUGCUGUCCACCAUGUCCGGGGAAAAUUGCUUCAAAAUUAGCAUUUUUGCCACCUGAUCCAACUUACACUCUGAUGUGUGAUGAAAGUGGAAGCCGCUGGACUUUACACCUGUCAGAACGAGCAGACUGGCAAUAUUCUUCUAGAGAAAAAGAUGCUAUUGAGUGUUUCAUGACUAGAACCAGUAAAGGCAACAGAAUUGCCUGCAUGUUUGUUCGUUGCUCACCCAAUGCCAAAUACACUUUACUCUUCUCACAUGGAAAUGCUGUUGAUCUUGGUCAGAUGAGCAGCUUUUACAUAGGACUGGGAUCACGGAUUAAUUGUAAUAUAUUCUCAUAUGAUUAUUCUGGAUAUGGUGCAAGUUCUGGGAAACCAACAGAGAAGAACCUCUAUGCAGACAUAGAAGCUGCUUGGCUUGCUCUUAGGACAAGAUAUGGCAUUCGCCCUGAAAAUGUGAUUAUAUAUGGCCAAAGUAUAGGGACAGUACCAUCUGUGGAUCUUGCUGCUCGGUAUGAGAGUGCUGCUGUUAUUCUUCAUUCUCCUUUGACCUCAGGAAUGCGAGUUGCUUUUCCUGAUACCAAGAAGACCUACUGUUUUGAUGCAUUCCCAAAUAUUGACAAAAUCUCUAAGAUAACCUCUCCAGUAUUAAUAAUUCAUGGGACUGAAGAUGAAGUCAUUGACUUUUCACAUGGCCUCGCAUUGUUUGAGCGUUGCCAAAGACCUGUGGAGCCUCUCUGGGUUGAAGGGGCAGGUCACAAUGAUGUGGAACUUUAUGGACAGUACCUUGAAAGAUUGAAACAGUUUGUGUCACAGGAACUGGUAAAUUUGUAAAAUAUUCUGUAAAUUUGCAUACUGGGUUUUCUUUUCUUGAUGAACUGCACUCUUUGGUAAAUAACAUAAAACCUGAAGGUUUUGUUUGCAAAUCAUGUAAGUUGCCUUCAUAAAUGUACAGGUAAUGAUUUGUUAACAGACUUAAUGAAGGUUUUAAUUACCAAACUAGAAACUGGAAAUAACAGUAUCAUGCAGUCAGGCUGUGUAAUUUAUAUUUUUUCUGUGAAUUUUUUUUAAAACAUCAAGAUGAGUACUGUAUGAAAUUUUAAUUCUGUAAAAUCAAAUGCUGUAAAAGUAUUGCCAAAUGCUUUUGCAUAUUGGAAACAAAUUUAUAAAUAUUUUUAAAACAUCUCAAUGUACUAAAUCUUAUCUGGUAUACAAAUGUAAUAUUCUGUCAAUAAAAAGUGUAUAUCUAAAAUAAUUCAAGUACUCAUAAUAGAAUAAACUGUAUGAAAACAUGGAAGUUCACUAGAUAUGACCUAAACCCUGUUGUACAGGGAUAGAGAUUUAAAAGGUUAUUUUAUUGUAAAAUACAUUGAAUUUUCUCUAUUUCCUGGUUAUCAUACAUUCUCUCCUUUAAAAAAAAAAAGAUAUAAGUCUUAAUUUUCAUGCCAUCUGUUAAUUUACCAACUAGUCACCUUGUAAAUGAGAAGUCAUGAUAGCACUGAAUUUUAACUAGUUUUGAUUUAUAAGUUUUGGUACUGUGAGGCAACUACUUAAAAUUUUCAUUUUAGUAAUUUAAAAGGCAGUUAGAGCUUCAAGAAUGAUUUUGUAUGUAAUGUUGUUUUAAAUUUUGACUAAUCUCUUAGAAAUGCAGUACUGUCGUUAUUAGAAAAACUGAAAGUCCAUUAGAUGUUCUUUAAGACCACAACAGACUGGCUAUUUGUUCCCUUUUCACUUUGACUAUUUUUAAGAACAGGAUCUAUUGUUUUGGAUUACUCUCUGAAAAUUUCAUGGAUUCACUCCUGGAUGCAGAAAAUAAGAAAACAUUUAAUUACAUAACUUUUAUAUUAACCAAUGUAGUAAAAAAUGAAGCUCACACCCAAAAACUAAGUUGCCUUUCCUUGAAUGAAUCCUGCUUGAAUAAAACAAUGAAAGAAAAAUAAAAUUAAAAUUAAUGGUAUGUAGUCUAAUUUGUAAAUGAAUGAAUAUUGAAAUAAUACACACUGUGGAUAUAUUUUUAAGGCCUUAUGUAGUUUUAAUUGUUCUGCUUGUUCUGUGGUUAUGUCUAAGACUAUAGUAUAUGAUUCUCUUCAAAGUAUAUCAAGUUAUUGUGAAUGCUUUGGUUCAGAUGUGUCAAAUUAACAGUAAAACAAAAAAUACGCCA